GCAAGAACUGUGCGGCAAAGACUGGGCAACAAUGAAUGCCACUAAUGAACCUGAUGAAACAAAACUGUUGAAGAUUGCAGUACCAUUGCUGUUGGUGGAAUUUAUUCUGGGCUCAAUUGGUAAUGCAGUUGCUUUGUGGAUCUUCUGCUUUCGGAUGAAACCUUCAAAACCAAGUAUCAUUUAUUUAUUUAAUCUGACUCUAGCUGAUUUCCUUUUGAUGUGUUGCUUACCAUUUCGACUGGUUUACUAUGUGAAUAAAAAGAACUGGAUUUUUGGGGAUGCUGCUUGUCGUGUGUUCUUAUUUAUGGUGUCUUUGAAUCGGGCAGGAAGCAUUGCUUUUCUCACGCUUGUGGCGUUAGAUCGAUAUUUUAAAGUGGUUCAUCCCCAUCAUAAAAUAAACUCUGUACCACAAAAAUAUGCAGUUAUGGGAGUAAUCUUUACCUGGGCUAUAACGAUAGGAAUGACCUUAUACCUUCUCUUUGAAAGCCAUGUCUUUGAACAAAAUAACCUUCUAUUCUGUGAAAGCUUCCAUUUGUAUAAUCCUUCAAAUGCAGGUGCAACAUGGCAUGAUGUUCUAUUUGUUGUGUAAUUUGUAGCACCACUGUGUAUUAUUCUCUACUGUACUUACUCAAUUAUUUCAAGACUUCAGCAGAAGAAAAAUGAAGUCAGAAGAAAAUUCAUGAAGGCUAAACGUGUUGUGACAGCUGUUGCCAUAGUGUUCAUACUCAGCUUCUUGCCCAGCAAUAUUGGCAAAUUUGUUGUGCUGAUGUUGCAAUCAAACACAACAAAAGCUAACAAGGCAUACUGGGCAGCAGUUGAGGGAUUUUACAUUACACUUUGUCUAACUUACAUUAAUAGCAUGCUUGAUCCAAUUGUCUAUUAUUUCUCCAGUUCAAAAUUUAAAAUCAUUUUACAUCAAGUGUUCGAACAAGUGAAAUGAAAAAUUAUCAAAACUCAUCUGCAAUCAUUUUCCAGCAACAGCAACUAGCUUACUAUUCAGUAUGGAUAACAAACUUGCAUUUAAACCAAGCUCCACAGUUAAAAAAAGACAUAAUGCUAACCUCUGGAGGGCUUAUUCAUGCAACAAGACGACAGCAGAGUGCCACGCACCAAUGAGCCGAUACUGGAAAUGCAAAUGAAUAUGCCAAACA